AUGAGUUUACUAGACCACCCAAAACCUAAAAAGGACCCAACAGUCCGUCCAUAUAAAUGUCCUCAUUGCGAUAAAGCAUUCCAAAGAUUAGAACACCAAACUAGACAUAUACGUACCCACACAGGCGAAAAACCCCACCAGUGUACAUUCCCCGGCUGUUCAAAGAGAUUCAGCAGAUCCGAUGAACUAACUCGACAUCUGAGAAUACACACCAACCCCAACAGCAGGAAAAAUAGGAAAAAGAAGAAAGAGGAGGUAGAAAAGACAGAAAAACCAGAAAAACCAGACAAGCCAGACAAGCCAGACAAGCCAGAUAAGCUGGUAAAGACAGCUUCUCCCCCCAAUCCCACCCACAGUAUAGAUAUCCUUGCUUCUGCUGCCACCGAGGAGUUGCGUAUGAUGGAGUCCAAGUCUCUCCCCUCAUUGACCGACUAUUUCGGCAAACCACCCCCAAAAGCCAACUACGACUUUUCCAUGAAGAAACCCACAUUCCAGUUCCACGACACAACAAACUUACACCACCUCUCCAACCUUGCGUUCAGAAUGACACCCGUGAAAACCCACAUCCAAGAGGAUUCCGAUUUAGACUACGUCAAACACAAGUUGAAACGAUCACGGCCCAACAGCCCCGGCCCUUCAACCCUUCCAAGCUCACCAGUCUUGGGGUUAUCGACCAAUACUACUCCGCUGAUUUCUGCAAGCAAUAGUAGCACCAACCUUUCAUCCCUAGGCAUGCUCGCCUCAUUCAAACCUUCAAUGCUACAUUCACAAUCAAGCGACGCCUUGCCUUCAAUAAAAAGUUUAAACUUGCCUGAAUUCAAUAAAUAG